ACCCCCGCCCCCCGCGCCUGCGCCUUCCUUUCCCUGCCUGACGCCGCCGAGGUCGCACGCGCGAGGUGUCUCCGCCGCCGCCGAGAUGCGCUACGUUGCCUCCUACCUGCUGGCCGCCCUCGGGGGCAACGCCUCCCCCAGCGCCAAGGACAUCAAGAAGAUCCUGGACAGCGUGGGCAUCGAGGCGGACGACGACCGGCUCAACAAGGUCAUCAGUGAGCUCAAUGGAAAAAACAUCGAAGAUGUCAUCGCUCAGGGUAUUGGCAAGCUGGCCAGCGUUCCAGCUGGCGGGGCUGUGGCUGUCUCAGCCGCCCCGGGGUCUGCAGCUCCUGCCGCUGGUUCUGCCCCAGCUGCAGCAGAGGAGAAGAAAGACGAGAAGAAGGAGGAGUCCGAGGAGUCGGAUGACGACAUGGGAUUUGGCUUGUUUGAUUAGAGUCUCAUUGCCUACAAAUAAAACCCUUUUUAUGUAACU